UCAUCACUGCGCCACUCUGUAAUAUGCUGGGUGAAUAUGGAUCACAGGACCAUGAGUCAGAACCUUCCUGGAACAAACUACUGGACUCACAGCUGGUGCGGACACAACAGAACCCUGCAGCUGGCGGCUCGGUCCACCUUAAGUCUCCUCACUGAGCGCCAUGCGCGUAAAACUCGCGCGUCCCUACUUCACCUCAGAGACAUUUCCUCCUGUAACUCGAUCGUUAACCGUAAUACGCCUAAUAAAGCCGCUGUGAGGGGAGCUGAGAGGGAACUUGUGCGGACUCGCGGGGAGAUUGACGCACACGCCCUCUGGCUGCGUGCGUGCGGUGCCACAUCGAAGCGGAUCACAGAGUGAAAGCUGCGGGAAGACGAGCAUCAUGCUGCUGCUGCUGCUGCUGCUGCUGCUGCAGUCGUUGGUCUCUGUGUCUUCGGCUCCUCCGCGGUGCCACCCAGGAGUCAGAGGACUGUGCAAGCCAAUAGUGGAGGAGAGACCCAAAUGCACCGAUGUGCUGCUGUCCUACUGCGACGACAUGUCCUACACUCAGACCAUGUUCCCCAACAUCCUCGGCCACAAGACCCGCGAAGAGGCCGAGGCGGGCGCCGAGUACCUCCUGCUGAGCGUGGUGGAGUCUCUGCUCGGGGGGGAGUGCAACCCUGAAAUCCGCAUGCUGGGCUGCUCCGUGUUGGCGCCGCGCUGUGAGCGGGAGGUGGUGCUGAAGCCCUGUCGCACCACCUGCGAGGCCAUGCGUAAGAAGUGCAGCCACGCCUUCGACGGGAUCGAGAUGGCCUGGCCCUACUUCCUGGACUGUGAUCGCUUCUUUGUCAGCGAGGAGGAGGGAUGUUACGACCCGCUGGAGGGCCUCCAAGCGGAGCAGAAUGUGGAGGACGCUGACAGCAUGGAGAUGCCUCCUGCCGAGGAGCCCGCCACCACGCCACAGUUCAGCUAUCACUCCAACGCUCAGAUGAACGCCAUCUUGAAGAAAGUCGAGGAACGUUGCUCCGACAUAGCGAGGACCUACAGCAUCGGCCGCAGUAUGGAGGGCCGGGAGCUGCUCGUCAUCGAGUUCUCAAACAACCCCGGGCAACACGAGCUGCUCGAGCCCGAGGUGAAAUAUGUCGGCAACAUGCAUGGAAACGAAGUCCUGGGCCGCCAGCUGCUGAUCUACCUGUCUCAGUACCUGUGCUCAGAGUACCUGCUGGGGAACGAGCGCAUCCAGACCCUCGUCAACACCACCCGCAUCCACAUCCUGCCCUCCAUGAACCCUGACGGAUACGAGGUGGCUGUGGCUGGAGCCCAGGACACUAACGACGAUGAGGACAGGAGCGGCAGACACGACUCCUGGAACAUCGGCCGAAACAACGCUCAGAACAUCGACCUGAACAGAAACUUCCCUGAUCUGACGUCUGUCAUUUACGGCCGGCGCAGAAUGAAGGGCUACCGCACCGACCACGUCCCAAUCCCAGACUAUUACUGGUUUGGUAAGGUUGCACCGGAGACUUACGCCGUCAUGAAGUGGAUCCGCUCCAUCCCGUUUGUGCUCUCCGCCAGCUUCCACGGUGGAGACCUGGUGGUGGUCUACCCCUACGAUCUGUCCAAACACCCGCUGCAGAGCACCAUGUUCUCCCCGACACCGGACGAUCAGGUGUUCAAGUUUCUUGCGAGAACAUAUGCGAAUGCCCAUGAGACCAUGUCCUAUGAGAGCGCCCAGUGUGGAUCGUCUCGCACCCACAGUGAGAAGGGAAUGAUUAACGGGGCGCAGUGGUCCAGCUUCGCAGGAAGCAUGAUGGACUUCAACUAUCUCCACACCAACUGUUUCGAGGUGACGGUGGAGCUGGGCUGUGACAAAUUCCCUCCUGAAGAGGAGUUGUUUCUCGCCUGGCACGAGAACCACGAGGCCUUGAUCGCGUUUGUCGAAGCAGCCCAUCGAGGUAUCAAAGGCAUCGUGAGAGACGAGGAGGGAAAUGAAAUCAAAGACGUGCGGAUAUCAGUCAAAGGCAUACGGCACGACGUCACAACAGCUGAAAAUGGAGAAUACUGGCGCCUCCUCACCCCGGGCAUCCACAUCGUGAUGGCCUCGGCCCCAGGCUACACCAGAGCUGUUAAGAAAGUCCACCUGCCUGCCCGCAUGCCCACGGCGGGCCGGGUGGACUUCGUCCUGCAGAAAGCCGCUCUCCAGCCCGACGUGCAGGAGGAGGAGGAGGACGCCAUCCCGUCGAUGGGCUCCUACGACCGCUUCGACCCUUACAACCAGUACGAGCGCUACACCCUGAUGGCAGAUCUGAGCCAGAACCGCGAGGAGAGAGCAGAGAAGCCCUGGUGGUGGAACUACUUUGUCCUGCCCGGGGGACCGACACCAACCUGGCUGCUCAAACAAUAUUAGAGCUUUAAUGAGGAGGAAUAUAAUCUCUCUCAAACCGAGCUAUCAUGUAACGAAUGUGCAGCAGAGGGGUGUCGAAGCUAGCUGGCUGGCCUUCAUGUAAAGCUUUCGUCCACACUUGAAAAUAUAACGUAAGCACCUUUAUAAGCUUUUGCCUUGAUAAUAACAAAACUUCUAUUAAUGACCACAAUGAGAUUUAUAAAAAAAACAAAUACUUUUAUAUCGUUUUUACAGCAGAAAUAAAGAGCUUUAUAUGUGUCAA